AUUCUUGUCUUGUAGAAUGCAGAACCUUUCCAAGUUACUGUUCGAGAAGACAAUUGUAUCAUUGUCUCCCUGGAAGCAUCUGAUGUGGUGAGCUCAUCCUCUGUAUAUGUUGUGAAGAUAGCUGGAGAAUCCAAGAACUACUUUUUCCAGUUCGAAGAAUUCAAUAGCACUUUACCUGCCCCUGUGGUUUUUAAUGCCAAAUACCAUGGCCUAUAUUACAUAGUAACUCUGUUGGUAGUGAACUCAAAUAUGGUUUCCAAGUCAGCAAGAUCAAUCACUGUGUUAACCAAACCCCUUCCUGUGAGCAGUGUUUCUAUCUAUGAUUACAAACCAUCUCCAGAAACAGGAGUGUUGUUUGAAAUUCAAUACCCAGAGAAGUACAAUGUUUUUACCAGGGUAAAUAUAAGCUAUUGGGAAGGAAAAGACUACCGAACAAUGCUGUACAAAGAUUUCUUUAAAGGUAAAACAGUUUUCAAUCACUGGCUACCAGGUAUAUGCUACAGUAACAUCACAUUUCAGUUGGUAUCGGAAGCAACCUUCAACAAAAGCACGCUAGUGGAAUACAGCGGGGUCCAGCAUGAGCCCAAACAGCACAGAACAGUUCCUUACCCACCUCGAAACAUUUCAGUUCAGAUUGUACCAGUCAACAGAAACAACUGGGAAGAGAACAGUGGGAAUUUUGCAGAAGAAUCAUUCAUAGAACAACAAGAACUUAUAAGGAAAGAAAAGCUUACCCAUUUUUCUGACAACCCACCUGACAUUCCAGCAGCGAACACAACUACAGCCUGGCCGGACUAUCGCUAUAAUAGCACUGAGUACGAAACGACGUCACAGCCGUACUGGUGGCCUAAUGAAGCUGAGUCAUCAGAGGGUGAAGAGGAGUUUGUCAAUGCAGUUUCCAGUGAUUAUGAGGUUCAUGAAGUCAACACGUCUGGAAAACUCACGCCACAGCCCUCCUCCUUCCUUCCUGUACAAAUGGUGCUGACCUGGUUACCACCAAAGCCACCUACUGCGUUUGAUGGUUUCCAUAUCAAUAUUGAAAGGGAAGAGAACUCCACCGAAUUUUUGACAGUAAGUGAGGACAUUCACAAAUUUGUUGCUGAACUGAAAGAACCAGGAAAAUAUAAGUUGUCUGUAACAACGUUUAGCUCCUCUGGCUCUUGUGAAGUUCGGGGAAGUCAAUCAGCAAAAACUCUUAGCUUUUACAUAAGCCCCACAGGUGAAUGGAUAGAGGAGCUCACGGAAAAGCCUCAGCAUGUGACCGUGACUGUGCUAAGCUCCACUACUGCCCUGACAUCCUGGACAACAUCGCAAGAGGGAGGCGGCAAUGGCACCAUCGUGUCUGUGGUCUCCCUGACCUGUCAGAAGCAAAAGGAAAGCCAAAGGCUUGAAAAACACUACUGCACUGAGGUGAAUUCAAGCAGCAGCCUCAUUGAAAAUCUUGUUCCUGGUGCCCAGUAUCAAGUUGUGGUUUACUUACGAAAAGGACCGUUGGUUGGACCACCUUCUGAUCCUGUUACAUUUUCCAUUGUGCCCACUGGAAUAAAGGAUCUGACGCUUUACCCUUUGGGACCUACUGCUGUGGUUUUGAGCUGGAACAGACCUUUCCUUGGAGUGUUUAGGAAAUAUGUUGUAGAAAUGUUUUACUUCAACCCAUCAACGAUGACCUCUGAGUGGACAACCUACUAUGAAAUAGCAGCAACCGUCUCCUUAACUGCCUCUGUGAGAAUAGCUAACCUGCUGCCUGCUUGGUAUUACAAUUUCCGGGUCACCAUGGUGACUUGGGGGGACCCAGAGCUGAGCUGCUGUGACAGCUCCACCAUCAGCUUCAUCACAGCACCAGUGGCACCUGAGAUUACCUCCAUAGAAUAUUACAACCACCUUUUGUAUGUCACCUGGACCUAUGGAGGAGAUGGUACUGACCUUUCUCAUUCUAGGAUGCUGCAUUGGAUGGUGGUUGCAGAAGGAAAGAAAAAAAUCAAGAAGAGCGUAACACGCAAUGUGAUGACUGCAGUGUUGAGCUUGCCCCCGGGGGACAUUUACAACCUUUCAGUGACUGCUUGUACUGAAAGAGGCAGCAAUACUUCCCUGCCCCAGCUUGUGAAAUUGGAACCAGCCCCUCCAAAAUCACUAUUUGCUGUGAACAAGACUCAGACCUCUGUGACUCUGCUGUGGGUGGAAGAAGGAGUGGCUGAUUUCUUCGAAGUGUACUGCCAGCAGGCUGGGUCUGCUCAGGAAACCAAAGUCCAGGAACCUGUCACUGUCUCUUCACAUGUGGUGACUAUUUCCAGCCUCACCCCUGCCACUUCCUACAACUGCAGUGUGACCACCUUCAGCCACGACAGCCCCAGUGUCCCCACUUUCAUUGCAGUUUCCACCAUGGUCACCGAAAUGAAUCCCAACGUAGUGGUAAUUUCUGUGUUAGCCAUCCUAAGUAUCCUUUUGAUUGGAUUGCUGCUGGUGACUCUCAUUGUACUCAGAAGAAAACAUCUACAAAUGGCCAGGGAGUGCGGGGCUGGAACCUUUGUCAAUUUUGCAUCUUUAGAGAGAGAUGGAAAGCUUCCCUAUAACUGGCGUAGAAGUGUAUUUGCUUUCCUAACUCUGCUACCCUCAUGCCUUUGGACUGAUUAUCUUUUGGCAUUUUAUAUUAAUCCUUGGAGUAAAAAUGGAUUAAAGAAAAGAAAGCUGACCAACCCUGUCCAGUUGGAUGAUUUUGAUGGAUACAUCAAGGAUAUGGCCAAAGAUUCAGAUUAUAAAUUUUCUCUGCAAUUUGAGGAGCUAAAACUGAUUGGGCUUGACAUCCCCCACUUUGCUGCUGAUCUUCCCAUGAAUCGCUGUAAAAAUCGCUACACAAAUAUCCUGCCAUAUGAUUUUAGUCGUGUCCGGUUAGUUUCAAUGAAUGAAGAAGAGGGAUCUGACUACAUUAACGCCAACUACAUUCCUGGUUAUAAUUCACCCCAGGAAUACAUUGCAACCCAAGGUCCACUGCCAGAAACUAGGAAUGAUUUUUGGAAGAUGGUUCUCCAGCAAAAAUCUCAAAUUAUUGUUAUGCUCACUCAGUGUAAUGAGAAAAGAAGGGUAU